AUGGCGAGCGCGAGGAUAUGGGCGACGCCCAUCGUAAACGCGCGCGGCGUCGCUCCUCGCGCACUAUCACCGCAAGCCUCAUACUUUACCGGUCGACUCUAUGCCUACCAACGCCUGCCAGCCUUCAGAUACAUGCGAUAUUCCUCUAGCUCCGACUCCAGCGGAAAAAGCGAUGCGAGCUCCACCUCCUCCCGUUCCUCGUCGAGCUCUGCCACGACCACGUCGAAGCCAGGCAAGCGCGAAACGGCCAAGGGCAAAUAUAACCUGUAUGGAGACAACUGGGAGGACACGGCUGAUUUCGCCAUCAAGUCGUUCAGCGACCUGCCCCAUGAGAUGUUUGGGCACAAUCAGCACAUGCUGAUCAACUACGACCUCAAGGAAGCUAUGCGCAUAAUGCUUCGUCAGUUCAACGCCCCUAUUGUCUACUGCUUCGCAUACGGGUCAGGAGUCUUCCCGCAAGAGGAAGCGGUUCGGAGCAUCAGCGAGGCGGAUUUUCGGUCUGUCCACCCCAAGCCACCCAAGGCAUUGGUCGAAUCGCAAAAAGGCGCUCCCAAGAUGAUUGACUUUAUCUUUGGCGUGUCGCACACGCAACACUGGCAUUCGGUCAAUAUGAAGCAGCAUCGCAGUCAUUACUCAGGGGUAGCCUCGCUGGGUUCCGGGUUCGUGUCGCGCGUCCAGGAUUGGGGCGCAGGCGUCUACUUCCACCCGUAUGUGGAGGUAAACGGCAUGCUCAUCAAGUACGGCGUUACGAGCAUCGACAACUUGGUCACGGAUCUUUCGACCUGGGAUAGCUUGUAUCUCGCCGGACGGCUGCAGAAACCAGUCAAGAUUCUGCGUGAUCACCCUCAGGUCCGCCUUGCCAACCAGCACAACCUCAUCGCGGCAUUGCGGACAGCGCUGUUGCUCCUGCCACCCGACUUUACAGAGGCGCAGCUGUAUAGCGCUAUCUCUGGUAUCAGCUACCUGGGCGACCCACGGAUGUCUCUGCCGACUGAGAACAGGUCCAAGGUGGACAAUAUUGUGUCCAACAACAUGGUUCAUUUCCGUCGUCUCUACGCACCAUUGAUCAAGACGCUCCCUAACGUAACGUUCCUUGAUAACUGCCGUCUUGACGACGAGAACUGGGUGCUCAACCCCAAGGCGAACAGCAGGCUACAGCAAGAUAUGGACCCCUCGCCACGAGGCAACAUGGUGCGCCGGCUACCCACUACAUUCCGCUCAAAGCUCUACUUCCAGUACCAGAAAAAGCUCAGCUUGCCCAAGGAGGAUUUCAGCAAGAUGAUGAAGGCCUCUUCGGACGACGAAGGCAAGCGGCAAGGCGGAGAGUUCGAGAAGCGUAUCGCCGAAGACGACCCUGCCGCGCUGACCAAGACCGUCAGGCAAGUCAUCAAGCAGACUGUCAACUGGCCGAGCACAGUGCAAAGCCUCAAGGGCCCCGUGAUGAGCGGAUGGAAGAGGACGUUCCGCUAUCUCGGCGAAAAGUACGCAAAGUACAAAAAGGGGACCGAUGCGCAAGCGGCAGCAAAGAAGACCGCCCAAUCCCAGGAAGGGUCUAAAGAGAGCGAGAAAACCAAAACCUCCGAGGCCCCCCAGGAGAAGAAGGAAUAA